AUUUUGAGUGGACCCUAAUACACGUGGCUGCGUCUCUGCCUCUCUUUCUUUCCUUUCUUUCUAAUGGGUCGGCUGAAGCAUUAAUUUUAGUUUUGUACUAACACACACCUCUUCUAUAACCUCUCUAUCUUUCACACUCUAUUUUCAUCAUUUUGCUUUAGAGGACUUCCAAUUCAACUCAACUGCUGUACAUUACACUAAUAGCUCUUCCGCCUAAAUGAAUUGACAUAGCUGAAUUCAAUAAGAUAGAAUCAGUAGAAGAUGAUUGGAAAGGAUGAUUUGGACGAGAAGAGGGAAGGCAAGGCGACAUCAACAUCGACAUGGUCGAGACUAAAUGACCCUCGAAUAGUCCGAGUGGUGAGACCCAUGGGCGGCAAGGACAGGCACAGCAAGGUCUGCACCGUCCGAGGUCUGAGAGACCGACGCGUGAGGCUGUCCGUCCCCACCGCCAUUCAGCUCUACGAUCUUCAAGACAGAUUAGGCCUCAAUCAGCCUAGCAAAGUCGUGGACUGGCUCCUCGACGCUGCCAAAAACGACAUCGACGACCUGCCUCCGCUGCAGAUCCCUCCCCAAAUGCUCAACCAAUCUUGGAUAAGGAGCCAAGAACAACAUGAUGAUCAACAAUUCCACGUCCAAAAUCCUUCCUCCUUUGCAAAUCUCAUGACCACCACCACCAGUAGCAGCAGCAGCUCCUAUGGGAGAUGGGAUCCUUCCAAUUUGACCCUUUCCCAAACUCCCAUUAGCCUCGGAUUGGCUUCUCACCAACACCAAGAUUUUCAGUCACACCACCACCAGCUGCUGGUGUAUCAAGCCGCGCAGCCCUAUUUCGUGCCUCAAAUCAAUGCAGCCUCCGACACUAAGCACCCGAGCUUCCACACCUCCGACAUAUCAAGUUCUUCGCAUAUUAUUAGACCUGUCGAUUUCAACAUGACUGCGGAUCUUCUCCCCUCACAAAAUAGUGAGGUGGAAGACCUGAACAAGCGCGGCCAUCUCUAAACUUACUGUGAUUUCAUGAUUGAUUCGAGCUUCUUGACUGGUAAGGCGUCUGAUAUUAAGGUCAUAUAUAUGAUUGUUUUUUGGGGAAUUUUCUUGUACUAUAUAUAUGUACUAUGUAGAUUUUUCUGGAAAUUUUUAUGGAGUUACAAAUGCAUUACUUCUUUGGUUUCAUCUUAAA